CUGUGGUCGUAGCUGUGCUUUCUCUGUUGAUGCUCAAGAGCUUUUUGUCUUCUCAAACACUUAGAAUGUCUUUUUCUGUUUCUUCUUGCCCUUUUCCCUAUUACAAGGAAGCGUUGGUUGCCCAGUUGGCUGUUCAGAAGGCCUCUUUGUUAACCAAGGCUCUAAGUGAGGAAUUGUCUUCCAAAAAUACUUUGAUCAAAAACGACAAGUCUCCAGUGACAGUUGGUGACUUUGCUGCUCAAGCAAUUAUAAUCAGUUCGGUGAUCAACAAUUUUCCAAAUGACAAGUUUAUAGCUGAAGAAUCCUCAAAUGACUUAGUUAGCAACGAGUAUCUUACAAAUCAGAUAUUAGAUAAGAUUUUAGUCAAUAACGUUGCAUUUGAUCAUAAGUUUGGCUACAACCAUAAUAGACUAGAUGAUUUAGAUAGCAUUGAUAAGAUUUUAAAUACAAUUGAUCUAGGUAGUAACAAUGAUCUAUCAAAGGGCGAUCCUGAUAAUAGAAACAAAAGAUUUUGGACUUUAGAUCCAAUUGAUGGAACAAAGGGUUUUUUAAGAAAUGAUCAAUUUGCUAUAUGUUUAGCACUAAUUGAAAAUAAUACUGUUCAACUUGCUGUUAUUGGUGUACCAAAUUUGCCUGUAGAUUUAGACCAAAUUUUAAUCAAUAAUGAUUACAUCAAUAAUUAUAAUGGUGAUUUAAAUUCUUUUAUUAAAGAAAAAACAUCAUUAAUUGAAAAAGGUGGUUUAUUUACUGCUGUUAAAAACAAUGGUGCAUUUUUUCAGCCUUUGUUCAAUAAAAUCAAUCACACUUCAGAUGAUAGUAAUUUCCUACAAGAAUCAAACUCAAUUAAAAUAAACAUGAGAAAAGAUUUGAAUUCAAUUAGCGAUUUAAUAAUCUGUGAAGGCUACGAAAAGGGCCAUUCAUCUCACAGCACUCAAUCUUUAAUUAAAUCUAAAUUAGGCAUAAGUAAUACCCCAUCUAAUUCUUUAAAAAUAGAUUCGCAAGCCAAAUAUUGCUGCUUAUCCAAAGGCGAUGCUGAUGUGUAUUUAAGAUUACCAAUAAGUGAAAGUUACCAAGAAAACAUUUGGGAUCAUGCUUCAGGUUAUCUAUUGAUUACAGAAAGUGGUGGUACAGUAACCGAUAUGUUUGGAAAUGAUUUAGAUUUUACUAAAGGCAGAACCCUUAAAUCAAAAGGUAUUAUUGCUUCAAAUAACCAAUACCACGAUCAAAUUAUUAAAGCAGUUAGCGAAGUUUUAAAUGGUAAAAUUGUUUUACAAUAAAUAUUUACUUAAUUUAUACCUCUAUAUGUACUUUAACUUAAUAUUUACAGUAACUUUUUAAGCAUUCUAUUUGACAUUUGUUUUAAUAAACUAUCAUUUUUUA